UGGAAAGUUUAUAUAUAUAUGGAUUGCGAGGUUACGCGACAGUUUAGUACAGCUUGGUACGCGCAUCGUGAGUUUGGAUCCGUUUGUGAUCAUUCUUUGUCAACUAUCGCGAACGUCGUACGUACCGUACAUUUGGAGUGCUGCGCGAAAUAUAUAUACGUGAGGCAUAAUUACAGGAUAGAGAUAAACCAGCAAGGGGAUGGGAAAGGAUUACUACAAGAUACUUGGCAUAGCCAAGGGAGCGAGUGAUGAGGAGAUAAAAAAGGCUUACAGAAAGUUAGCCUUACGAUAUCAUCCUGACAAGAACAGAAGCCCUGGUGCUGAGGAAAAAUUCAAGGAGAUAGCCGAGGCAUAUGAGGUGUUGUCGGACGCGAAGAAGAGAGAAGUUUACGAUAAAUUCGGCGAGGAGGGGCUGAAAGGUGGUGCCUCAGCCAGCGGAGGUGGAGGAGGUGCCACGUACACCUUCCACGGCGAUCCCAGGGCAACGUUCGCUCAAUUCUUCGGUUCAGCCAGUCCCUUUCACAACUUGUUCGAGUUCGCUGGUAACCGUGGCGGAGGAUUCGCCUUCCACGAUGACGACAUGGAUAUUGACAUGGAUCCCUUUGGACUGGGUAGCAUGGGACCACCGCGACAAGGCGGCGCUUUUAGGUCGCACUCGUUUAACUUUGCGAGCCCGACUACUAAAGUGUCUGGCAAAGAUCGUGCCCAAGAUCCGGCAAUCGAGCAUGAUUUGUACAUCAGUCUCGAGGAGAUUCUGCGAGGUUGCACGAAGAAGAUGAAAAUAUGCAGACGGGCCAUACAGCCAGACGGUAGCACGAAGAAGGAGGAUAAGCUUCUCACCAUCAAUGUGAAACCAGGCUGGAAAGCUGGUACGAAAAUCACUUUCCAGAAGGAAGGUGAUCAAUCGCCGAGGAGGGAACCUGCAGACAUUGUCUUUAUCAUCAGGGACAAGCCGCAUCCACUGUUCAGGAGAGAAGGCAGUGACAUCAGAUAUACGUGCAAACUGAGCUUGAAGCAAGCUUUGUGCGGUGCUAUUGUCGAAGUUCCUACGCUAACCGGCGAAAAGAUAUCUUUGAAUUUAACGAGGGAGAUUGUAAAGCCGAUCUCGGUCAAGAGGUUCCAAGGAUAUGGUCUACCUUUCCCGAAGGAACCGUCGCGGAAGGGCGAUCUUCUCGUGUCGUUCGAUAUCAAAUUCCCUGAAACUUUAACACAAAGCGCCAAGGAUAUAUUGUACGAUACGUUACCCAAUUGAGCUCGUAUUAAUGAUCGAAAAAACACGAACGCGUAUGAAAUGUUGUUGCAAUUUCAUAUAUUUAAUCUUCUCGAUCAGCAAAGUACGGAUACGUUUUCAUGUGCGUUCUAGUACAUGGAGAGAGUAGCGAUAAUGACAUUGACGAUGUUCGACAAGGACGACGAGGACGAUGACAGUGACGAUGACGAUAAUGACUACGACUUUGAUGGAACGCAAUCGAGAACGAUUAAAUAUUCCCGCGCGCGCGCGAUUUGCUCUUUAAGAGGCCAAAUCAAAUAAGAUAUGUACCCUUUUCGAUGUCACAUCGAUAUUCAAUUCAGUUGAAAUUCAAUGAAUUGGUGUCUACACGUAGCGUUGGUCUCAACUAAAGACGUCAAGAGUAAACACACACAGAUAUAAAUACAUUAAAUUAUAUUAUAAAAUGAGAGAGAAUCUGUUAUAUCGCUAAUUUCACGUGGUUGUGUGUCUGAAUUACUUUAUUUUCUUCAUUAUACAUAUGUGCAAGUAUGUGUGGAUGUGUGUGCGUGUGCCUAGGGAUAUAUAUAUAGUAUGUACGAAGGCUGUAAGAUAACGCAGGUACAAUAUCAGAAAUUUUAUUCGUUUUAUUUAAACCGAAUUUAAACGAGAAAAAAAAAGAGGAAAGAACGGUGAGAGAAAGAUUUCAGAUAUUGCGACAAGUCUGUACAUCAUUUUCGUCGUACGUACACUAUCGAAAGCCUAUUCUACAAUUGUUAUUUAAGCGUAGUUGUGAAUGGUUGCAAUUAUAAGAAUUCAAAGUCAAAUACAAGAAGAGACUACUUUAACUACGAUUGGUUAAUUCUUGUACAUGAUUAUACAACUAUUACUUACACACUUAUAGAAUGGGCUUAGUAUAAAAAGAGUUUUUGUUUACAUUAAAUAU